UUCUGUUAUAGACCCUAGCCGCCAGAUCAAAUAACAUUUUACUACUUAUCCUAUUAUUACUUCUUUUACUUUUGUUUUCUCUAUUUUCAUUUUCCUGAUUUUCAUAUUUUAGCUAUUAGCUAUCUGGUUUGUGUCGUAAAAUAAUUUGAAUAAAUAAAGUAUUGUUGGAAACUGAUCAUUCCACAUCAAACUAUGGAGGAAUUAAAAAGUUCUCUUACUCAAUACAAUGAGCAAUUAACUAUGGUCAAUACAGCUUUAUUAGAAGCAACAGAUAGUGAAAAAGAAUCACUUCUGGCUCUGCAGUCUGACUUGCAUCAAUUAAUACAGCUCACUCAGGAAAGCUUAGAUGCCAUAAUUGCCAAGGAAACAAGCAUCUCAACACAACCUGAACAGCAGAAUGAAAAAUGUGGUCUAGAUGAUGAAUAUUCCCUAUUCAUGAAAGAAAUGGCAGCAAGUGGUGCUUAUGAAGAAGAUACUUCACAAGAAAAACCUGGGAGCUCUAAGGAUGCUGUUACAUCAAAAGACAGUGAUGAAAGUGAUAUUGAGGAUGAAUUAGCAACGUUACUUGGGAUGAAGUGUGCAGUGUACCACACACACAAAUGGGGCGGACAACCCAGCCUUCACAAUGCAAUGGUCAGCUCAGUGGAGCCAAGACUAAACGAGGACCAGUUUAAUGAUCUUCAGGUGCGCGUGUUGUUCACGCAUCCCACUCACGCUGAGAUGCUGCCGUGCCCGUUCUAUCUAGACGGCGAAUGCCGAUUCGAUGAUGAACAAUGUAGAUAUUCUCAUGGAUCAAUUGUACACUUAUCCAAUUUGAAAGAGGCAAUUGAACCAGAUUUUGAUGGCAUAAAAGUUGGCAGCAGGGUCCUUUUAAAGUUGAAGCCACCGGAUGGUGAGGACACGAGUUUAACAAAGAAGUCGAGUGAGAAAUACCACUUAUGGCACAGAGCUGUUGUGAAAAGCGUCGACGAAGAGAAUAAGACAUGUAUGGUGAAAUUUGAGAGUGGUGUCAAAACUGGAGAAAAGAGGAAGUGUGGCGACGAGUUUUUGGUCAAUUUCGAAGAGAUGUUCCCUUUGAACGUGGAUGAUUCAGACUCGGACUCUGACGAAAGCCUGAGCGACACGGAGUAUCCCGAGAGCAAGGCGCCGCGGCCGGAUGACACCACUAGAGCGCUCUUGGUGGAAAAGAGUCUAGAAAACAACGCGCCAGCCAUGGGCGAAUGGGAACGACAUACUAGAGGCAUAGGGUCGAAGCUGAUGCUGGCGAUGGGCUACGUGCCGGGCGCGGGGCUGGGCGCGGCGGGCGAGGGCCGCGUGCGGCCCGUGGAGGCGCGCGCCGUGCCGCGCGGCCGCAGCCUCGACCACUGCAUGGCGCUCUCCGAGAAACUCGCUACUCAGGAUCCUCUCAAGGUAGAGCAAAGACUAAAAAGAUUACAAAAAAAAGAAGAGGAACGCAAUAAAAGAGCCUACGAACGAGAACAGGAAAAAGAAAGAAGAAACGUGUUUAAUUUCAUCAACAAAACUCUUGGGGACCAAUCUAAACAAGGCGAAACAGCGCCGCCUGCAAUCGACAUUAAGCAAUCUUCGAGUAAAGACUUGAGUAUAGAACAAUUUAAGAUAACUGAAGACACGAAGAAGAUUGAAAAGGAAAUAAGCAAGUUACACAGCUCCCUGUGCAGACAUUCAGCGGGCUCCGAGGGCUACAAGCGAAUUAACUCACAAAUGAUUGAAAAGAACGCAGAACUGAACAUUUUGAAGAAAAAAGAGCAACUAAUAGCUAAGGAACAAAACCAUAGAAAAGAUAAACGGAAAAUGACAGUUUUUUAACAUUGUGACAAUGUUUUUUUUAUAUUCUGUUGUGAAUAAUGUGGUAACUGGAAUUUAAAUCGUGUUAUCAUUAUCAAAUAGUACAAU